AUGAAAAAUCCAUCACUCAAGCAUAAAUUAGGACAAAGGAAAGUGAAGCACUUCAAAGAGAAGAAAAUCAAAGAGGAAGCGAAGCAAAUAGAAGUCCUUGAAGCUCCUGAUAGGUUCAAACAUCUAUAUAAAGAGAUGAGUGGAGGGGAAAAAGCAAGAGGAAAUGAACUUCCAAAGCCAAAUAGAUUUUCUAAAUCUCUAACAUAUAGAGAGAAAGCCAAAAAAGAAAAAGAAAAACAAAUCAAGCAAAAAGCUUAUGAAGAAAGAAAAAAACAUGAAAAAGAAAAACAAAAAUUCAAGACAGCGCACCUUUUAAGUGCAAAAACAAAAAAAGGCCAGCCAAAACUUGGGAACCUAAUGAUGCAUAUCUGUGAUAAAUUAGGGGUAAAAAAAUAA